AUGCCGUGCAAAGGCCGGGAUGGGGUUGUGCAUGGUGAGGUGAUCGCUGGACCUCUCAAUGACGCUGCGGAAGCUGAUUUUCUCCUCCAUGGUUUAGAUAAACCAAUCGAGGUAAGUGCGGAUUGUUUGGGUUAUUCAACUGAGGUUGGUGAGCCUACGGACUUACUCAACACUGAGGCUUGCUUUUUAGAGGGAACUGAAGUCUUGUGUCGGCAGAAUCAUCGUCAGUCCAGGAAGAUAGACUUGGAGACAGACAAAAAGAAGGGAGUUGCCAAUGUGAUAGCCUGCCGGAGGAAGAUAGAAUGUGGUCACUUUGCAGCUGCUAUACGUGUGCUCUCCUCUUCUAGGUUGGCUCCUUGCAGUGAGAAAACAUAUCUUGACUUGCAACAUAAACACCCUCCUGCUCCUCCACCUGCCAUUCCCGUUGAUGCUAUCUUGGCUGACCCUAUCACUGUGGAUUCUCGUGCUGUGUUGGGAGCCAUCAAAAGCUUCCCAAAAGGUACGUCAUGCGGGCGUGGUGGUCUCCGGGCCCAGCAUCUGGUUGAUGUAAUGAGUGGAUCAGCGACAACAGUGGCAGAUAAUUUACUCGCUUCGAUUACAUGGGUUGUCAAUCUUUGGUUGGCCGGUAGAUGUCUUGAGAUUCUAGGUGAGUUCAUCACCAGUGCGCCCUUAACUCCUUUACUUAAACCUGGGGGUGGUAUUCGACCUAGUGUUGUGUGUACGGUUUGGCGAAGAUUGGUCUCAAAAGUAGCUUCCUUCUCUGUCGGUAAGGACAUGACUUCUUACUUAGGCGAUUACCAGUUUGGAGUUGGAGUGCCUGUUGGAGGGAAGGGGAUUUUACAUGUUGUAAAUUGUUUACUGGGAAUGAAAGGGCAUUCUGAUAAAAUGUCAAUGUUGCUUAUUGACUUUUCUAAUGCUUUUAACAUGGUGAGCAGAACUCAGCUCAUCAAGGAAGUUCGCCUACAUUGUCUAGGUAUUUCUCGUUGGGUAAAAUUUUGUUACUUGGGUCAUGCUAAGCUCUAUUAUGACCCGUAUAUUUUGUCGUCUGCACUUGGAGUUCAACAAGGUGACCCCCUCGGUCCCUUGCUGUUUGCGUUGACACUUCAUCCUCUAGUGAAGUCCAUUGCUUCUCGAUGCACACUUGAUUUACACGCUUGGUACCUUGAUGAUGUCACUAUUAUUGGUGAUACUUUGGAUGUGGCCAAGGCCUUGAACAUAAUAGAAACCGAAGGACCAAGUAGGGGAUUGCAUCUUAAUGUGAAGAAAACGGAAGUCUUUUGGCCCUCUAUUGAUCCCAGAAGCACGGAUGAUGGUGUUUUUCCUCUUGAUAUUGGUAGACCCUCUAAUGGUGUUAAACUUUUGGGUGGGCUGGUAAGUUUAGAUUUGAACUUUAUUAGUGACAUGUUGUUGACCAGGGUGAAUAGGACUGUUCAACUAAUGACAGCGAUCAAAAAACUCAAAGACCCACAAAGUGAGAUGCUAUUACUUCGCAAUUGCGAUGGUGUAUCUUGUUUAUAUUUUUCAAUGCGUACUACCAAUCCAGCAACCUUGCAACCACCCAUUGAUCUUUUUAAUGACCAUUUACUUAAGUAUUUACGAUCACUCAUCACUGGAGAUGGUGCUGGUUUUGGUCCUCUACAGCAGAGAUUAGCCACAUUGCCCAUCAAAGAGGGUGGUCUUGGCAUUUAUACCAUGGCUGACACUCGUGCCUAG